CACGUUGAGUUGAGGUUGGAAUUUUAAAUGCGUAAUUUACUGGAAUGGUGUUUACUGCUGGUUUGUUAACAUCGAAUUGUCCCGCAAGUAAAGAAAGCGUAUAUGUAAUUAUUUAUAAAGAAAGUGCUGAAACACAGUAAGAUUUAGCGAUUUGCACACACUGAACAUCAAAUAAAUUGGAGUUGAAAGAGUUGUCAAAGCCGUAUCAGCGCCAUUAGCACCUCUCAUUCUAGGCUGUACGUGAAAUCGUGUAGUUUGUGUUGGCGUAUUUGUGCAAUCGGGUCCCAUAUUUUCGGGCAACACAAGAUAAGAGAUAAGCUGCGCCUGUAGUGUUGGCCAUCAUCGCUGCAACUAGAAACGCAACAGAUCGUUCAGAAAGCGAACGCGUAGUUCGUAGCAGCAGAGACACCACGUAGCAAAACGAUGGCCGAUGAAGACAAAGGAUUGGUUGCUGGACACCCUCCAGCAGUAAAGGCAGGUGGCAUGCGCAUCGUGCAGCAUAAGACCCCCAACAGCGAAAGGCCGGCCAAAGAUCCGGUCGAGGUCAUCGGGCUCUCGAACCCAUCGCCGAAUGUAAACACCGGAGAGGUGGCCCAGUCGGCAACCGGUGCGAAGCAUUCCGACCACUCCGUCGAGGCAUCGCAAGUGGCCCAUGCCCAGAAACCUCCGGCACCGGUGCACACCAAGCCCGUGAACCACAUCCAGCAGCCUCGAAAGUGAAUGGUGAUGCGCGUUCAAGCCAUAUCUAUUGGUGCGUGUGAGGAUGUGGAGAAGCAAAAGUUAGAACGAAGAAGAAAACGGAUGAUAAAGAACAGAGGUUAGGUGUUUGUACGGCUCCAACGAAACAUGCUUUAACAGGUGUACUCUAAGGUUGGGCAAUGCUAACAUGUGCAGCCAGGGAAGGCAAAUGGGAGUUUUGCUUGCGAGGCGUUCCCUGGCUUUGCUUAAAAAUUUUAUAUGCCAGAUAGAAAAAGAUGAUGGCCUUAUCGAUAAUCAAUGUCAGGGCAGAUGGUUUUUUGAAUAAUUUCCUCUCACUAGUGUAUAACUUUGUUCCUUUUUCUAGCAGCGUGGCUUAGCGCGCAACAUUAAAUUUUCACUGUUCUUUUCUUUUUUCGGGGCAAAGGUUUUUGUUUUGCAAUGUACGAAGGUGCAUCCUUGCCCUUCCUGUUUUCCUAUGGGUUUGGUAAUUAAGAAAUACAAUCGUGUAAUAAUGUACUAAAGAAAACUAAACUAAAACUAACAUUCGCAGUGUGCUGCAAUUCGAUGAGCAUAUUCGGUGGUGCAAACCAUCGGCUAUAAAUAAGUUGGAGAGUAUGUUAUUGGUAAUGCCUGCAGCAGUCAGGAAUUCAACAUUUUAUAGAAUUUUUUUUGGUCACUAAUCAUCAUCUUCAUCAUCACUUGUUGCAAAUGGCGAAGAACAUUGUACUUUGUUUGGCAUUUGCACACGGAUGUGCGUAAAGGUGCUGCACGGAAGUUCCAGCUAUUAAUAAAGCUAUGAAAUGUGUACAA